GCCCUUCCCACGGCUGCCGCGCCCUCUGCGCAGGCGCGGCCGCUCGCGCCCCCGGUCCCGCCGGACGCGGCCCGGAGCGGCGGAGAGCGAAAAAUCCAAAGUCCAUCAAUGAAUAAGGUCUCUGUUCUCAUGAUUUAUGUGAUUUGCUUCUCUUGGAGCCAUGGAUGAAUACAGCUGCUUUGUGGACUGGGACAAAAUGGAUGUGAGUGCCCAGAGCCAGGAUACAAAAGAGCUCACCUGCACAGACUUCCAUGAGCUCAAGCAGCUGGCCCGGCAGGGCUAUUGGGCCAAAAACCACUCUCUAAGAGCCAAAGUGUACCACAAACUCAUCAGCAAUAUCCCGUGCCGUACAGUGACCCCAGAUGCAAACGUGUACCGGGACAUUGUGGUGAAGAUCAUUGGAAAACGCAACAGCAGCUCCCUUCCGCUGCCGGAGUUUGUGGACAACAGCCUGAUCCCCACGUACUGCCUGAACGCGGAGGGCGUCGGGGCCAUCAGGAAGAUCAUCCUGUGCAUCGCCAAUCAGUUUCCAGACAUCUCCUUCUGCCCGGCACUGCCCUCGGUGAUCGCGCUGCUCCUGCACUACAGCAAGGACGAGGCUGAGUGCUUCGAGCAGGUUUGUCGCAUCCUGGCUUGCAACGACCCGUCCAAGCGGCUCAUCGACCAGACCUUCCUGGCCUUCGAGUCCUCCUGCAUGACCUUCGGGGACCUGGUCAACAAGUACUGCCAGGCAGCCCACAAGCUGAUGGUGGCAGUGUCUGAGGACGUGCUGGAGGUGUACUCAGACUGGCAGCGGUGGCUCUUCGGGGAGCUGCCCAUGGCAUACAUUGCACGGGUCUUCGACGUCUUCCUGGUGGAAGGGUACAAAGUUCUCUAUCGUGUCGCACUGGCUCUUCUGAAAUUCUUUCACAAAGUCAGAGCUGGGCAGCCCAUGGAGUCUGACAGCAUCCAGCAGGACAUUCGAGCCUUUGUGAGGGACAUCGCCAAGUCGGUGUCGCCAGAGAGGCUCUUGGAAAAAGCCUUUGCUAUCCGCCUUUUCUCUCGGAAGGAGAUCCAGCUGCUGCAGAUGGCCAACGAGAAGGCUUUGCAGCAGAAGGGCAUCACGGUCAAACAGAAAAGUCUUGCACCUCCAAAAAGGCAGAAUGUGCACUUGGCAGUUCAUGCUGAGAACUUCAAAUCAGAAAUUGUCAGUGUGAAGGAGAUGCGGGAUAUCUGGUCAUGGAUCCCAGAGCGAUUUGCACUGUGCCAGCCCCUCCUCCUUUUCACCACCUUGGAACAUGGCUGUAGUCUGAGCAGGUUCUAUUCCCACAGUGAAGGACACGAACCAACUCUGCUCCUCAUCAAGACAACAGCAAAAGAGGUCUGUGGGGCUUACCUGUCCACUGACUGGAGUGAGCGCCGGCGAGGAGGGAACAAGCUGAGUUUCUUUGGAACUGGGGAGUGCUUUGUGUUUAGGCUGCAGCCAGAAGUGGAACGCUAUGAGUGGGUGAUCAUAAAACAUCCAGAACUAGCCUCGACUGGAUCAGAGACAGAAAACCAUGCCCAGCCAGCUUCCAGCACCCUUUCCUCCAGCAGCAUCCCCUCAGAUCGCCUUUCUCCCUUUUUAGCAGCUAGGCACUUCAACUUGCCUUCCAAAACAGCCUCUAUGUUCAUGGCUGGCAGCAGCGAAUGCAUCAUUGUAGGAGGUGGUGAUGGCCAGGCUCUGUAUCUCGAUGCAGAUCUGAACCACGGGAGAACCAGCCACUGCAACACUUUCAAUAACCAGCCACUGUGCUCUGAGAGCUUCCAGAUCUCCAUCCUGGAGGUGUGGGGCUUCAGGGACACCAUGAAUGGUUGAUGUGACUAUCAUUAAUCAGCUAGUUUUUCAGUUGUCCAAGGUAAAUUCCGAUACCGGAGCUAAGUUAGAACAUCCUUUUGGCUGGACUCAGUGCUGUGAGACAUUCCUAAGUGAUACACUUGGAUGCAGGCCUAGUUGUUUACUCUUAUUUUAUUUAAGACAGGUCAGGGUGAAGUAAUGUAUCUGGUUAACUGUUUGUUCCUUUACCUCUAGGCUUGUCCCUUUACCUCUAGAGAUCUGUAUUCAGGGACUGUUGGUAAAAAUGAAAAUGUGAUGAGUUCAGAGCCAUGUUAGAUGGAUACAGGUCCAAAUCAUGGGAUAGGUUUGAGCCCGCAGUUCCUCGGAGGCACAGCCCUGGCUGAGCUGUGCUGCAGAGCUUUGAGCCACUGGCACCAGUACCUGGCCUGAGCCAGGAAUAUCAAAUGUCUCCUCACAAGGAACACUGGUGACCUCAGAUUUGACAUAGAGCAGCAGUUCAUAAAAUCAUUGCUCUCCUAUGAGCAGACGUGCAGACGCAUCAGUACCAUUAAGAAGUUACAAAGCUCUUCAUUCACACCAGAAUCAUGACUGCUGAUCUUCUUGUACCAAAACCUUUGACAUGUUCUAGUUGCAUAUGUUUGAGCAGUCUGCCUCUGAAAAAGGCAUCCAGGCUGGACAGUGAUAUCUCCAAGUCUUGAUUUUGUUUACAUUCCUAUUCCAUAUCAGUAUGAUGACUUCAUAGUGACUUCCUGUGUCAGACAGCUGAAAGCCAGAGAGUAGCUGCAGUGCUCAGAAAUGUUCCUUUCCUUAUCUUUCCUGGGAGCUGAAAUGAAGCUUUAAAUCUGAAAAUAACUGUGUUGAUAUCCCUGUGUGUUUGGGGAAUUAGACAUGGUGAUAACAGAAGCUUAAUGCUCUCCCCACAAGUAAAGGAAGAAAGGCAGAAGGAAAAUCUGGGAAUGAAUGAGUUUCCCAGGAGAACUGGAGGCAACACUGUUUCUCCAGAUGUCCUCCAGGUGAUGAGGUACCUCCUGAGAAGGUAACAGUUUUCCUCCUGUAUAUUCUUGUAGGGUUUGGGUGAUGCAAUGAGGCUUUGCUCAUUUUUGAGCAUUCCUACAUUCUCUGCAGGCAUGCCUCGUGGCAUGUGCUGUCUAGAGGCAAUUCCCCAGAGUCUUUAUCCAAAAAUUGCACUAUCUGUUGUGGAACUUCUCCCACAUGAAGCACAAAUCCAUAAACAUCAGUGAGUAGUCCAGAACAUACAACAGGAUGCUCAGAGCUUCAGUGAGUAACUCACUAGUAAGAUUUAUCACAACAGGAAAAAUGAAGGGAAAGAGAAAUUACUGAUUUUCUAAACAGUUCAAUGUAAAAAAUAGCUGUAGUGUGGGUUUCCUUCUUAAUGUUAUUGCUACUUAAUGUUAUUGCUACUUAAGCUUGAAGUUCAUUCAAAGGAAAAAAAUAAAUUAAUAAUGUUAAAAGCUAGGCUGGACAGGAUCACAUUCAUAUUCAGAGGUCAGAGGAGAGUUUUGAGUCAUGUUGACUUGUCCAGCUUGCCAGCCAUGACAGUACUUCAUGACUUGGUAAAGAGUUGCUUCUUGCAGAGUAUGUGAAUAAACCUGGCAAAAAUAAGAUUUGCUUUUUAAGGUGCCAUGUUGAAUUUUUGUCAAAAUAACUCUGAAAAAUUAGCCUAUGUGCAGAACAGUUUAAGAUGUCUUUUGCACCAUUUGUAUUUGCAAUUGGAUUCUCUCACCCUGUCUGAGAGUCAGCAUUGGGCCUCCCUUUCUCCUUCCCACACUGGGAUUUCUGCCCAGUUGUCUUUUCACAGGUUUACCAUAAGCUUGAUUGAACUGCAAGAGGUAAUUCAAUUAUACUGAUAUAUUUUGAUGUGGAAGAACUCAGUCAUAUCUGGCUUUUUGCAAACACUGGCUGAUGCCGCCUUCUAUGUUUCCAAGCCACCCAUGUCACUUUGCCCUUGCAGGUAUCCCACAAGCUUCCUCAGACAAAAGAAAUCACUCAAAAAAUAUAAGUUCUCCUUAGUGUAGGUGGGAUUUCCAUUUGGUUUGCAUCUUCUCUUUUGAACUUGUCUGAGGAGGUAUCCUCAGGAACAAAAAACAACUCAAAACCACAAUAGUAUUAAUUCCCAGCUUGUUGUCAGAAAUUCUCUGGAGCUGUGUGUUGGUAGAAUUUGUGAGACUGUAAUGUUCUACUCCAAAUGAAUACAUUUUAUCUGCAAAAACUUGGCUGCAUCUGACAGUGUGAUGGGAUUUCCUCGCUCUCAUCCCUGCCGGGUGCAACUAUGUCAAUACCUUGUCUUAAACCAUAUCUAAGAAACAUUCCUCAGAAACAUAUUCCCUUCCCUGCUCUGUUCUUGGUGCACAGUGGUUUGGGUAUUUGGAAUCUGAAAUAACUCCUGGUUGCUCAGAAACUCCGUGUGAGAAUCCAAGGAGCAGUACUGGACACCAGGCACGGGACUGGCUUGGCUUGAUAAAGCACUGCUCUGCCACAGCCACCCUGUGGGACUGGUCUGUGUGGUUUGAACUGGAAUAGCCUGGAUGAGCAAGAAGCUGCAAUAAUCUAGGGAGAACAGUUCUACAGUGCUGCAGCAACUUCACACAGUCCUUGUAUUCAGUAAAAGUGGAUAUUCCUUGUCAUGUGCAAAUCCUCAUCCAUCAUUCCUCUUGUGGUUGUGAGACACCUUAGAAGAACAGUGUUUUGACUUGGUCAUCUUUCCAGUAGCAAAGAGGCAUUUUUUCUCUCUGUGUAGUUAAUGGUUGUUGCUGAUCAACUGUAUAUCAAGGUUCAAACCCUUUGUUUCAUGCAAAGCUCUUGAAAUGGAGGCCACAGGCUGGUUUUGAAGAUAAUGACUACAAUGGACACCUUAUCAGAAAGUGAAGUUAUCUCAAGUACUCCAGCCACGAAGUGCUUAAGUCAGUUGUUACUUGCAGCUCUAAACAACUGUUGAAGUAGGCUGUAAUCCCUGUCUGUGGUCCUGCUGGCAGCAGGCUUGGGCGUGGUGUUGGUCACCACAGUUGUGCAAGAGUGUCUGCUUUCCUGAGAAGCUGUUCUUUGCUUUGUCAUAUUCCUUGAAGGCAGAAAAGAUUAGAAACUGCUGACAUCAGAAACCUGGCCUGACUGUAAAUGGCAACCAAGCUGUUUGCAGGCCACAGAAACUGUAUCUAGCUGCAGCUAGGUUGGACAGACUUCACUGCACCUGAGUUGUCUUUCCUGCAGCUCCUGUGCUUCAGCACACUCCUUUUUCUGAUGCAGCACAUUAAUCAAUCUCCUGUUAACAGAGGCAAAUUAGCAAAGAGAAGGGGAAAAAAUCUCAUUUCCUCUCUGGUGACUUAUCUGAAGUCAAAUGGAAUGGGGGCCAGUACUGUUCUUUAAAGAGUUAAACUAUGCCAAUAGAGAUCUGUGGUGACCCACAGAAGGGUGACAUGUGCAGAUCCAUCAACUUCUCUUCAUGUCUGUAUGUUGAAAUUGUGUACUUUGUCCUGGAAAUUCAUCCUCAUUUUUGGUGAGGUGUGGUCUCCUCUGCCCAUGGGGAAACUGAUGCCACAGCCAGGAGCUGACCCACAACUGUGGCACUGUGAGAGCUCAGCUCCUGUGAGUGACACUGAGUCAGGCUGUUGGGUGCAGCCGAGGCGUGGGCACCUGGCUGUUUUGCAGCUCUGUCAUGAAUUUCAGACUAUUCAUAGUCGGGUUGACUGUGUGUGUACUAUUUGGGGUGAUGUUUUCUUCAGAUAAGUGAUAAUGUGCUGCUGAAUUGGUUUUCUACCCUAUCUUGGAAUCACUGCCCAACAUCAAUGGUAUCUUUUGUCACUGUUCAGAAUCUAGGAUUAUAUUAAAGGUAUUUGACUGUG